AGGUGUAUGAAUCCAUGAGGAUCUCCACCAUGACAUCCCAUGACUAUGCCCUACCCGUAUUCGUCUACACGAGGCUAGGAUACAGAGAUGAACCUUUAUUUUUUCUUUCUAAGCAAGACUUAAUCAGGACCAUAGGAGAGAGUGCUGCCUUGGGGGCUGCAGGCAUUGUGAUUUGGGGAGACAUGAAUUUAACUUCAUCUGAGGGCAACUGUACAAAAGUGAAGCAGUUUGUGAGCUCUGAUUUCGGGCGCUACAUAGUCAAUGUGACCAGAGCGGCUGAGGUGUGCAGCCGCUACCUCUGCAGGAACAAUGGCAGGUGUAUCCGGAAGAGGUGGAAAGCUCCCGAUUACCUUCACCUGAGCUCUGCAAGUUACCACAUUGAGACCUCCGAGGAUGGAGACAUUACUGUGACAGGCAAAACAUCUGAUACAGACCUGGAAGUGAUGGCAGAGAAAUUUUCUUGUCAUUGUUAUCAGGGCUAUGAAGGGGCUGACUGCAGGGAAAUGAAGACAGCUGAUGGCUGUGCCUGGGUUUCCCCUGUCUCUGGGUCAUUACUAACACUGUACCUGCUGGUUAUAGCGUGUGGCUGGAGCAUUCAGCUGUGAGAUAACUGAGUUUGAAGAAAAUAGUGUCGUCUGUAG